UUCACAUCCGUUCUACUCAGCAUUAGACUCGAUAGAAUGUGGGAGUGAGAUGGAAAAUCAUUCUACUUUUUGUAUUUCGAUUUAACUUCGAUCCGUGUGAACGGAACUCGAUCAGCAUUUUAUCCUCAUAUCCAUGUAACGUUCUUCGGUGAAUAUGAAUCCCUGUGAAUUAUUUUUUAUUCUACCCCCUCUUUUUCCUAUACCUCGUUGGUAUCAUUUCAAGAUGCAACGAGUGGAAUUUUUCAAUCUAUUCAAAUAUCGAAGAACUCUUUUGAAAAUCUUUCAUUUGAUUUCUGACAUUCAAAGAGUUCGUUCGGUUAAUAUGUCUCGAGUUAUUCCGCGAUAUUUAUUGGGUGAAUUAUUCAAGUUUUUGGUGCGUCGUGUUCCGCGUUUAGCUUCAAGAUGGACGGAUGCUAAACAGAAGGAAAUGAUGUAUCAUUUACCUUCAGGUGUAGUGCUUCGAAAAAUUCGUGGUGCUUUAUUAGAUUUAUCGAAACGUGAUAUUAUCUACGGCUGGAGGACGGGAUAUUUUCACGCUACUCCUCUGAUUGAUUCACUUGUCAGGGUGAUACGUCGCCGAGGAUGGAGUGAUGAUCCUGAGUUAGCAGGGAUAUUUGACGAACGGGGUAAGUGUCAAACAGUUUAUGAAUGCAGGUGUGAGUAAGCGAGUACAAGUGUGAAGUAAGCGAGUAAGUGAGAGUGUGAAAAUGAGUGAGAGUGUAUGUGAUUUAAAUUCUCACUCAAAUUCUCAUAAAAUCAUUGUGUGUACAGUGCGACGAUACCUAGAAUUGUGUAACGAAGAGGAGCGUUACGAUUUCAAUGAAGAAGGACGCACAGAUUCCGACGAUCACGACAUAGAUGAUACCCCUAAAGCCGAAGGUCAUCCAAAAAUCGAUUGCUGGAUCGAUACGCGAGCCCCGGUAGUGAUAAAGCCCUGGGAAAUCAAGAUAACGGGUCCAUCGUAUCGAAUCGACGAGGAAAUAGGGGACCAGGCGGUUGCAGGACCUUCAGGGAUCGCUAGAACAUCGGGAGUACGUCGUUUGAAUUUUGAAAUCAGCGAUUCCAGCAGUGAAAGCAGCAGCAUUAGCAGUAGUGAAGAAGAGAUCAGUGAAGAGGAGAGAGAUGAAUCUGAUCACAAUAUAGAUCAUGAUAAUGAGGCUGAUGAUGAGCUGGAAAGGAACGAGUGGGAGGAUAACGAGGAACAAUUUUCUGAUGCCUCUGAAACCUCUGAAGCCGAUUCAGGGUAUUUUUCCGCGGAGAAUGAUUUUUUUGACAUCGAUCCUUUUAUACGUGAGGCUGAUAGGCGAAUUUACAACGCUGAGGGUUCUAGAGCUAUUGGAAACAUCCGAUGAUAAUGAGGGGGAGUAGAGAUUGAUCAACAAAAAAAUUUUUUUUCACCAAACCGGCGGAGGAGAAGAAUGGGGUGAUAUUCUGCCACCAGGCCAACGCUUCCAGAUUUUAAGCGAAAGGGCGCGCUACUUUCGCCGUUUCAAAACAUGAGGACGGGAAAUCGUAUUAAAACUGAGGAAACCUCCAGAAAACGCGGACCAGUUUUCUUGGAUUCAGGGAGCGAUGCGAGACGUUAUGACUCAUCUCACGGAAUCAUGCGAGCCUCAUGAUUACGCUGGACUGGAAAUCAAUUCUCCAGGAUUUUCUCAAGGAGCAGCGUGGCUAUCUUUUCGACCUGUACGUGACUUCUCGCUCGAUGAUAUUUGGAAAUUGAUCAACGAAAUUUCACAAAGCGCCCGUGAGUUUAGAAUAGUUGAUGAUUCGUUAGAAAUAAAAAUGUGUAUCGUUCGCGGCGUUCAGGGCGGUGGUCGUGGGGGCACUCCUCUCUCUCACGAAGAGGUAGCUAAACGCUCAAUUCUACAUAUAGAUAAUCGCGAUAAUUUAUGUUUACCUCGAUCACUUGUCACCGCCUAUGCUUACGCUGAUCGAGGAGAAUUGCGUACAGGAGAAUUGCAUAAAAAUUGGCAAAAAAUACGCGAUUCUCGACGAGAAUAUCAACGCUCAGAGGCAAUAAAACUAGUGCAAAAGGCUAACAUCCAAAUUCCAUCUCGUGGAUGCGGGCUACGCGAAAUAAAAUUAUUUCAAAAAUAUUUUAUUCGUGAGGGUGUUGCCAUCGUAGUCUACGAAUUUCUUUCGUUCGGAAAACGUACCCCCGCGUUGUUUGAUGGAAGAGAAAAUGUUAUUUCAGAGUUCGAUCGAAUAAAGCAUACUUUGUUUAUAAUUUAUUACGAGCGUUCCCGUCAUUUCCAACCGAUUUUAAAUCUAGUCGGAGCUCUCGGAAGUCGAGGAUUUUGUUCAUUGUGCAACACUGGAUAUACUCGCGCGAUCGAACAUCGGUACUCCAAAGAAUGCUCACGCUGUAAAUCAGUAGAAUGUAGGGGUAAUGGCGAGCCACUCACCCCGUGUAAUGACUGCAAUCGUUCAUUUUUUGGAGUACAGUGUUUCGAGUUGCAUAAAAAAGCUAGAGCUCGUAAAGUCCGAGGAUGUAAAAAUAAGCAAGAAUCUAGCGUUUGCGAAAUGUUGAAAAUUUGUCGCUCUUGUUCUAGACAUAUUAAAAGCUGGUGCAAAACACCUCACGAAUGUGGAGUGUCGUUUUGUAAAACAUGCAAACGCGUACGCCCCACAUCGCAUAAUUGUUAUAUUGCUCCGCUGAAAAUUAAACCAUUUGAUCGGAAAAAAUCAACGGAACGAAAAAAUUUAGUGUUGCAAUUUAUUUUCUAUGAUUUCGAAACGCAGCAGCAUACACGUUUACGAGGAGAUAAUUCUUCUCGUGUUCAUGAACCAAAUCUCUGUGUAGCUCAACGUGUUUGCCUCUCGUAUUUAAGCGAUGAAAUCAUAGAAAAUGAAUGCGAAGUUUGUGGCCAGAGAGAAUUUGUAUUUCACGACGACCCAGUAGGAAUUCUUGUAAAAUUGGCUAUUAAUUCAAAAUUUGAGAAAAUAAUUUGCAUAGCUCAUAACGCUCGAGGAUUUGACGGUCAAUUCAUACUCCGUUAUCUCAUUGAAGAUCAAAAAACUCAAAUGCCUACACUGAUAAUGAGAGGAACAAAAAUAAUUUCCAUGAGAGUAGGAAAAAUCUGUUUUCUCGAUAGUUUAAAUUAUUUGCCAAUGUCUCUCAGUGCGCUACCCAAAGCAUUCGGAUUUGAUGAUAUUGUGACAAAAGGUACUGUGACGUGACAUUUCUGCCCCGCCACUCGUACGGACGUUGUCGACCAGUGGACCGGGUUUACGGUCCUUUUGACGCCCCUCGACUCGUCGGGCGAUGUUCGGACUGAGACUCAGCACCACGUAGCUCUUAAGUUUAGCUUAGAAUGCGCCUAUAUUACCGACCGAGCGUUAAUUACCUUCUGUGACUACCUUUUACCUCUGAGUGCAGGGUGGAGAGAGAAUUUUAGUUUGUCUGUUUUUGAGUAAUAAUGACGUUGCGUUUUGACAGUGAAGUUCGAUAUUGGAACGAGUUGGUGUUGUCGCUACCACAGGGGCCUAACAAUUAAAACUUGUCGGCUGUCUCUCCGGCUGUUCGAGCCGAUCUCGCUCGCAAGAACCCGUCCUCCCACUCCGUCUACAAGCACCGAAAAACAAUCUCGACCUGCGGGCGGUUGAAAUAACACGCUGGCAUUGGCCAUUUCAUGAAC